CUUUAUAGCUGAACGGUUCAGGCGACUUGAAUAGGAAGAGCUGCGUCGUGACCGCCAAGCGAACCCGCCACCAUGGGAAUUCACGGACUGACCAAACUGCUCGGCGAUAAUGCUCCGGGAUGCAUCAAGGAAACAAAAUUUGAAAAUCUUUUUGGACGCAAGGUUGCUGUCGAUGCUAGUAUGCAUAUCUAUCAGUUCAUGGUAGUCGUCGGCCGGCAGGGUGACCAGCUGCUGACGAACGAGGCUGGCGACAUCACAAGCCAUCUACAAGGAAUGUUUUUCCGAACAGCAAGAAUGCUCGAAGCUGGCAUCAAGCCUGUGUACGUCUUCGACGGCAAGCCCCCACAACUCAAGCAGGACCAGCUCGCUAUGCGUUCGGAACGCAGGGCCGACGCCAACGAGGCCUUAGAGAAGGCUAAGGAGGCGGGGGACGCGGAGGCUGUUGAGAAGUACAGCAAGCGUUCGGUCCGUGUCACCAAGGAGCACAAUGAGGAUUGCAAGCGAUUGCUGCGUCUCAUGGGCGUGCCCGUUGUGGAAGCACCUUCUGAGGCAGAGGCGCAGUGUGCGGAGAUGGCCAAAGCUGGCCUAGUGUACGGGCUAGCAACGGAGGAUAUGGACGCGCUCACGUUCGGCGCGCCACGUGUCAUCCGCCACCUUAUGGCCCCCAGUAGCUCCAAUGUCCCAGUGCAGGAAAUCGACCGCGCCGUGGCGCUCCAGGAGCUCGGCCUGGACGAUGACCAGUUCAUCGACAUGUGCAUUCUUAUGGGGUGCGAUUACUGUGGCACCAUCCGUGGCAUCGGGGCCGUGCGCGCGCUGCAGCUCAUCAAGAAGCACGGCAGCAUCGAGGCCAUUCUGGAGGAGCUGGACAAGGCCAAGUUCCCAGUGCCGGAGCCUUUCCCAUACAAGGAGAGCCACGAAUUCUUCAAAAACCCAGAGGUCACGCCGGCUGCCGAACUGCCGCAGCUUAAAUGGAGCAGCCCCGACGAGGAGGGGCUAGUGCAGUUCCUGGUGAACGAAAAGAAUUUUAGCGAGCAGCGUGUUCGGGCAGCCGUCUCGCGCAUCAAGCAGCACAAGGGCAAGGCUAACCAGGGCCGUAUGGAUACGUUCUUCACGGCACUGCCGAAGUCCAACACGGACAGUGCCGCUAAAACCAAAGAGCCGCCCGCUAAGGAGGACAAGAAGCGGAAAGGCGGGCCUGGCGCAGCGCCGGCGGCCAAAGGACCGGUCAAGAAGGGCAAGUUUGGAGUCGGCGGUGGCAAGAAGUAAAGGCCGGGAGGAAUAAAGUGGUCGCCGCUUAUGAUGCAUGUUACAGAUUUUCUUUGUACAAUUCAUGGACGGGUAGCGU